UUGGUGAUCUUAGAUGAAGGCCAUAGACUCAAAAAUGACAAAUCAAAAAUAUCAAAAGCUAUUCGUGGAUUGCAGACGAAAAGAAGAAUUAUCUUGACUGGGACGCCUAUCCAGAACAAAUUGGAGGAAUACUGGUGCAUGGUUGAUUUCGUUUAUCCAGAGUUUUUGGGCACUAAGAAGAGAUUCAACAACCUAUUUGCAAAUCCGAUAAAAUGUGGCAUGUUAGCCGAUUCUGAGAUGUCAAAAGUGCGAAUGGGGAAACGACGAAUGCAUGUCCUUGUCAAGAAGCUUGCCCCCAUUGUACAAAGACGAGAUGAAUCGAUUCUUCGAGCUUUGUUGCCCCCCAAGCAAGAAUUCGUGUUAUACACGCGCCUCUCUGAAAUUCAACAGUGUUUAUAU